UGCAGCAGUCCUCUAUAUAUAUCUCAUUUCUGCUUCAAAACUGCGUAGAAAGAUAGAGAAGGAGAGAGAUGGCUUCAACAAAGGCCCAUCACCUACUGGCUUUCCUCAUCAUCUCUUCCAUGGCCCAAUGGGCCGUUUUCGCUGGGCUACAUGCCACAACCAACGGCCAAGAUUUAAUCUCCACGACAUGUAAGCAAACCCUCUACUUCGACGUGUGCAUGUCUUCGUUGCGGUCCAAUCCACUCAGCCAAACGGCUGAUCUUGAAGGGCUGGCUGCGAUCUCGAUUAAUCUAACCAUGGCCUAUGCUACUGAGAUGAUCACGCACGUGACCGACCUGAAAGGUCACGUGAAAACCUUGGAUCAUGACACAUUCAUGGCUGGGUGCUUGAACGACUGCCUGGAUGAAUAUGCAGACGCCGUCGAAAAUCUUCGCCAGUCAGCAGAAGCACUGGGCCAGAGAUCGUACGGUGCAGUGAACGAUCUCGUGUCGGGGGCGAUGACGGAUUCCGACACGUGCGAGGAAGGGUUUACGGAGGUGCCGGGCAAUGUCUCACCACUAACGGAGAAAAACGAGUAUUUCUUUAAGCUGUGUAGUAUUUCCUUGGCAAUUACAAAGCUUCUUGCUUGAUUAGUGGCCCAGAUCUACUCAUCAAGCUGGGCCGUGAUUGGGCCCAGGACCAAAUUAUCAUAUUUUAAGCCCGUUUGGACCACCCAUUGAGCACCGGUUGAUCUUGUGCUAAUUUGACAAUUUUAAUUAUUUGAUUUUGAAUGUUAAUUUCGGAGCCAUUUAAUUUUGGGAAUUUUUCCAAAAAAUACCUACUUAAUAUAGGAUUUA